AUGCCUGGAGACAGGUCACUGUGUCACCCUCCGGAUGGGAGAACCAUCUACGACUUCUCCUGCAAGACCCUGGAGGGCAGCCGCGUGUCCCUGGGGAAGUAUCGUGGGCAGCUGGCGUUGAUCACGAACUAUCCAUUGCUGAAUGCACUCAUGAGCGACUUUGCUCGCUUCGGAUUCACUGUCCUGGCCUUCCCCUCCAAUCAAUUCGGCUUGCAGGAGCCAGGAAAUAACAAUGAGAUCCUGAACUGCAUCAAACACGUGAGGCCUGGAGGUGGAUUCGUGCCCAACUUCCCCAUUUUCUCCAAGGUGGAUGUGAAUGGAGAUGAAGCAGACCCUCUCUUCAAGUAUCUCAAGGACUCCACCACGGAGGUGGUGAACAAAAUUGAGGAUGUCUCCAAUAUCUUCUGGAAGCCACUGCGGGCCAAUGACCUCCGUUGGAACUUUGACAAGUUCCUGGUGAACCAUCUGGGGCGCCCCAUCAUCAGAUAUGACAGGUUGACUUCGUUUGACGUCAUUCGGAAGGACUUGGAGGAGAUACUCAGCUGCAGUGGAAGUCAUCCAUACCACAUUCACCGGAGCUAA